AUGGCUACAGCAAAUCCUCCACCGGGCGCGCUCUCGGUGGAGCACCACAAUGGCGCCGACCCCUUCCUCGCCGCACCGCACGACGCCCACCGGCAGCGAUACUCGGCCUUCGACAACUCGCAAUUCUCGCUGUACUUGAACGGAUCACCCCUACAGGCCAAACGCGCUCUACAGGCACACUUGGCAGAGACGACGCGCAGACUGCAGGAGACGUCGCAUCUGGGGAGCGCGCUUGUUCAGCAGAGAAAGGAGCUAGAGGACAAGCUGCACGAGGUCGAGCAGCAGCAGCCAGACAACGACAUCGGGCCAGAGCUGCGCCAGAGGCUGGCCGAGCUAGAAAAGGAGUUCAACGAGGUUGGAAGGGAGACGGCUCGCGCCUUCCUCCCCAAGUCUCGCGUACCCAGUGGCGAGACGGAUCCCACUGCCGGUGGCUCCAUCUACUCCAGCGACGCCAUCCAGUCACCCACCAAAGUGAGCGUUCCGUCGCGGAAGCAGAGGAACCAGCAGCCCAGCCGCAUCAAUGACAUCGCCCUGGCCACCGAAAUCUCCACCUCUUUGCUUUCCCAGCUCAAGGACCUCCAGGCCGUCCUCCUCGAGAAGGAUGACGCCCUCAAGGCGGCUGAUCUGGACCGAUCGCAGCUCGAAAUCGAGGUCGAAGGCUUGUCGCAACGUCUGAGAACAUUGGACGAAAGCGAAUCGCGACUCAAGGACGUCAACUGGAAUCUUGAGACACAGGUUCGCGAGUCGGAAACACAGUUCAAGUCGGCCGCAGACAAGGAGCGAAGCCUCAAUCAUGCCUUGGAUCUCGCACGUACCGAGAGGUCCACUUUGGAGAAGGAGUUGGAAGAUUUGAAGCAGAUGUAUACCAAGCUCAACGACGAUCACAUCAACAAGACCAAGCAGCACGAGACGGAGCUCUCUAGCCUGCGGCGAGUCGCGGCCAUGACGGAGACGGAAAAAGGUGCAAUGCAGCGCAAGGUCGAAGAGCUCAUGACAAAGAAUCAAGAGCUGGCUCAAGCUGUCGCUUACCGCGCACGAUCAGAGCAUCGUGGCCGAUCUGACAGAUCGUCUGAUGACGAUCGUGGUGUCAGGCAGCAAUCUCAAACGCCUGAACACUCGCCUGAACCGUCUCCAAGCAAGGCCACUCCGCGCCACGGUAUGCUCGAAUCGGAAACACUCAAACAUUCGCUUCAACACGCCCACCGCAUGAUUCAGCAACUCAAGAACAAUAUCCAUCGCGAAAAGACCGAAAAGAUCGAACUGAAGCGCAUGCUCCAAGACGCUCGUGAUGAAGUAGACGCUACCCGCGCUCAAGUUGGACCUGGUAGCGCAAGCAAGCGAAGGAAGAGCGACAAGGAUGCUUUCAAGAAACCCGCUCGACCAGAUCGUCUUGGGGCCUUGCGCAACGUGUCGCACGAGAUUGUAGAAGACGACGAGUGGGAAGAGCAAGAGGCCGUGCCCGACACCCCAAGUCGGCCACCGCACCCAUCCAACUCUGUACCCGGCUCCUUUCCAAAUGCACUCAGCUCCGUCGCGGGAACGAGCGCAUACGAAAACCUCGACACUGCCAACGAAACCUCAGAUGCUGCUUUCGAGACUGCCAACGAACGCGACGGUAUGGCAACUGAGUCCGACGCAUUCCAAACCGGAGCCGAGACCCUCGACGGAGACAGCAGCGACCAGCUGACUGAGACCGAGGCCGGCCCUUCCAACUCUGCUGCCCGGCGUAGUCGACCCUCAAUCUCACAAGCUGGUCGCAUCAAUUCCUACCGCAGCACUGCUUCUGCCUCUGGCGAUGAAUACGAUUCCGAUUUCAGGACUCCUCUUCACCACAAGACUUCGCGCUUUACGUUAAGAGCUAGAGACAGCAGUUCGCGGAGAUCGACGCCGAGAGGGUUAGAUUUCUUUGCAGGUACGCCCCCAGCGUCAAGAGACUCGCCCGCGGGCUACGUCAGCAGCAGCAACGAGAACACUCCCGCCCAAGGCAAGAGUCUAUUGGCAGAACUCAACGACCUGAGUGGCGAUGACGAUGAUGCUAGUUCCAUCGAGGGAUCACCAAGUCGAUCCAGUGUCGUAUACUCAAGCCAUGCCACGCCAGAUCCACUAAGAAAGGCUGUUCUCGGAAGGUCGCUUCUUCAACCCGAUGCUCCCAGGCCAACUAUGGUUGAUUCGGGCACGAUGACCGAACAGGAUGCCCGCGAGCCUAUUUCCAUAUCCUCUAUAUCGAGUCAGAACACAGAACCGUAUGCUGCUCGCUUGCCUACAUUACAAGUCUCUGCCCUGCAUUCGCAAGGCACAAGCCCGCGAGCUUUGCCUCGUCAAAAUCUCGACGUCUCCAUGGUCACCUCACAAGACAGUGAACCCAAGCUUGCACUUCGGCCAGCCCUUGGCUUCUCUUCCGUCUCCGGUCAUGCUACUAGUCCCCAACCCCCAGAGAUACCUCAGCUGGCUGUGUCCUCUCUUUCAAGUCAGGGGACCGAGCCAACAAUCCCUUCAGCUCCGUUGUUCGCAUUAUCUCCGCUUCAUGCACAAAACACGGCGCCACAUGCCGUACCCACUGCUCCUCUGAAUAUGUCGUCAGUGGCUGUUCAUAGCACCGAGCCUCGCCUUAUUGCUCCUCCUGCUCUUGGGGUGUCGACAGUAUCGUCUCAUGGCACUGAUCCUAUUGUACCAGUGCUGGUGAAGGACAUUACACCUUCUUUGGACAUCUCCUCCAUUUCGCAUCAAACUACGGAGCCGCGGAAGGCGACUGCCCCAACCCUAGUGGCUCCAGCAGGUCUUUUUACGUCUGCUAUCUAUGCACAAUCGACCGAGCCCGCACAACUAGCCGAAUAUGUCUCGACAACGGAGUCAAAUCGAAGCCCUGACGAUAUGCUUCCGGCAUCUCCUGCCCAAGAUAUCGGUCACAGAGAAAAGCGUGCACCACUCCAAAUGUCAAGUUUGUCUGCCCACGAGACUGAGCCUAGAGUCACACCCUACAAGCCGACGUUGUUACAGAUGUCACCUUUGGUGUCUCGCUCGACUGAGCCCAAGGAUUUGCCUCGUGUGGUCCUCUCUGCAUCUUCUACGACAUCGACUAAGUCGACAGUACCCCGCGCGCCGGGAACCACCGCAACUCGUGUUGUCCAGUUUCUCCGCUCGCUCUACGGACCCGGUGGCAGUGGCUAG